GCCAACGCCCCCGCCACUCGCGCGCGGCUGGGUUGCCGCAGUGCCCAGCGAGCAUGCGCGACCGGCCGAGCAUGCUCAGUAGCGCGCGCGGCGCCCGGGAGCCUCGCCGAGCGGCUGCUGACGCGGAGGUCUCUGCGGCUGCUGUGGCAGCGACAGGAAGUGAGGCGGCCCGACCGGGUGACCGCGACGGCAGAAACCGAGGCGGAAGGGCCCCUGCGGCGACGUCGUCUACGGGGUGGGCCGAGGGGGCUGAGCACCUAGGGGACUCGCCGGCUCCGAAGCCGGAUCCCGAACCGAGCAGGAUGGACCACCACCAGCUCGGGACUGGCCGCUACCAGGUGCUUUACAAUGAAGAGGAUAAUUCAGAAUCAUCUGCUAUAGAGCAGCCAUCAACUUCAAACCCAGCACCACAGAUUGUGCAGACUGCUCCUUCAGCAUUAGUAUUUGAAACUGACUCUUCUCCUCCACCUUAUAGCAGUAUUACUGUGGAAGUACCUACAACUUCAGAUGCAGAAGUAUACAGUGAGUUUUAUCCUGUGCCACCUCCAUACAGUGUUGCUACCUCUCUUCCUACGUAUGAUGAAGCUGAGAAGGCAAAAGCUGCUGCAAUGGCUGCUGCAGCAGCAGAAACAUCCCAAAGAAUUCAGGAGGAAGAGUGCUCACCAAGAGAUGACUUUAGUGAUGCAGACCAGCUCAGAGUGGGUAAUGAUGGGAUUUUUAUGCUGGCGUUUUUCAUGGCAUUUAUUUUCAACUGGCUUGGAUUUUGUUUAUCCUUCUGUAUCACCAAUACCAUUGCUGGAAGGUAUGGUGCCAUCUGUGGAUUUGGCCUUUCAUUGAUCAAAUGGAUCCUUAUUGUCAGGUUUUCUGAUUAUUUUACUGGAUAUUUCAAUGGACAAUAUUGGCUUUGGUGGAUAUUCCUUGUACUUGGCCUGCUCCUUUUCUUCAGGGGAUUUGUUAAUUAUCUGAAAGUCAGAAACAUGUCUGAAAGUAUGGCAGCUGCUCAUAGAACAAGAUAUUUCUUCUUAUUAUAAAGCAAACUGAAACUUUGACCACAGGAUAUGAAUGAAAUAACCUCCAGCACAAAAUUUGAAGGCUUGAAACAAAACAUGACAAAGCACUUACACCAGAAGGGAUGGGCAUUUUGCAUAAAACAAUGUGAAAUUCACAUAGACAUCUGGUUAAAAGGACAAAAAGCAAAUCUGUGAUUGAAAAGCAAUUUCCCAUGCACUGAUCUUAACAAACUGGAUCAAGGAAUUAAAGUUGUAUGAAAAAACUAGGAGCUCUGUUACUGUUUUCUUAAUGCGCGACAGUUUGUAUCAAUAAUGAAGGCUACAACUUGAAUAAAAGGAAAUAUAAAGAAAUGAGCAGAGGUGUUUUAAGGUA